AUGCGGCUGGAAGCCGCGCGAGCUGAUCUCUCGAAGAGACGGCGUUUGGAACAGGAAGGUACCCUGGCAAAGCGCGAAGCGCAGCUGGAGGCGAAGCGCAAGCUCGUGGAGAAGGCCAGGGCGGAACUCGCCGAGGCGCAGCGGGCGCAGCGGAUGCAGCGCAGAAAGCAGGCGCAGGAGAUCGCCAAUCUCGAGGACAGCGUGCGAAGCGCUGAGGAGAAACGCUCUGUUCCACUGAGCGAGGAGGAGAAAGAAAUUCAGGGGCUGCGCAACGAGCUGCAGACCCUCACAGAGGAGAAUCAGUCCAUGUUUGAGGCUGUGAAAUGGGUUCGUGAGGAGGAGGCCAAUGCCAAGAAUGAUAUUGAGGCGGCAGAGGCAGACGUGAUCCAUCUCCAGGAUGCGCUGCGAGACGCACAGGAGGAGACGCUGGCCAUCCAGCGGAAGCUCGCCCUUUUGACCAAGAGCCACCAGGAGCUCGAGGCACUGCCGUCCUUGCGGACUGAGAAGGCCGCAACUGUGGCAGGGGUGUCCUUGUUGGAGGACGAAGUAGCAAGACAAGACGAAGCCACCAACGGGGCCCGGCAUCUCUAG